CUUCCCUGACCAGAGUGCGUGAACCCACACGGUAGUCCCGUCCUCGCCGACUGCGACGAUGGAAGAACCAGCACGCCCUUUCACCGUUUGACGGGUUCUAUCAUUUAUAUAUAUAUAUAUAUAUCUACUGCUUUUCCUCUCCAAUUUCACUUCUCUAUACCGCCCCUUUCAAUCUUCAUCUUCUGCCUUCGUUUCUCAACCUCGCUCUUCUUUCUCCAUCGUCUCCCUUAUGGGACAGUCACCUUCCACCGCUCUGCCUUCUCUGGAUUUGAAUCGUCCGGAGAUCUCUCCCAGCAAUCGCUAUAGCUAUAAUUAUGGGGUCGCAGAUGUGCCUCCGGAGUGUAACAGAGAUGUGGAUUUUACGGAUGAUUCCACCGGUGGUUUUGACUAUACCGCUAAUCUUCCUGACGAUUGCUUGGCUUGUAUUUUUCAGUUCCUUAGUUCCGGCGAACGAAGAUGUUGUUCGCUUGUGUGUAAACGCUGGAUGCGCGUCGACGGUCAAAGCCGGCAUCGACUUUCCCUGAACGGUCAAGCGGGGAUGCUGGAUUUUGUUCCUUCUCUGUUUAGUCGAUUCGACUCUGUCACGAAACUUGCGCUGCGAUGUGACCGCAGGUCGAUCAGCAUAAACGAUGACGCCUUGAUACUGAUCUCUCUUCGAUGCGAGAACCUCACGCGUCUCAAGCUCCGUGGUUGUCGUGAGGUCACCGAAGUUGGAAUGGCCGCUCUUGCUAAGAAUUGCAAGGCUUUGAAGAAGCUUUCUUUUGGAUCGUGUUUGUUCGGCGUCAAGGGCUUAAACGCCGUCGUCAGUAAUUGCACGCUCCUGGAGGAGCUAUCUGUCAAGCGGCUCCGAGGAACCCAUGACGGUGCGGAAGUGGUUGGUCCUGUUCCUGCAGAUUCCUCGUUGAAAUCGAUAUGCCUGAAGGAGCUUGUUAAUGGCCAAAGUUUCGCACCGCUCAUAAUUGGUUCAAAAAGUCUUCGGACUUUGAAGGUAAUUCGUUGUAUGGGAGAUUGGGAUAAUAUUCUUGAUAGUGUUGGAAAGUUCAAUGCUGGUCUAAUUGAGGUCCAUCUCGAGAAGAUUCAGGUUAGUGAUGUGGGUCUUUCCGGAAUAUCCAAUUGUUUGGACUUGGAGACUCUGCACCUUUUUAAAACUCCUGAGUGUUCAAAUUUGGGGCUUUCUGUUGUCGCUGAGCGAUGCAAACUAUUGAGAAAGCUUCACAUUGAUGGCUGGAGGACCAAUAGGAUUGGUGAUGAUGGUUUAGUUGCUGUAGCGAAGCACUGCGUUAAUUUACAGGAACUCGUGUUGAUUGGUUUAUUUCCUACUUCUUUGAGCUUAACGGCCAUAGCUUCCAAUUGCCGAGAGUUGGAAAGGUUUGCUCUAUGUGGGAUUGGCACAAUUGGUGAUGCAGAAAUCGAGUGUAUUGCUACGAAGUGUGUGGCACUCAAGAAACUUUGCAUUAAAGCAUGUCCUAUUUCUAAUGCUGGGAUUGAAGCUCUUGCUUCUGGUUGUCCAAAUUUGGUUAAAAUAAAGAUCAAAAAGUGCAGGAAAGUUACUGUUGAAGUUGUUGAGUGGCUGCGUGGAAGGAGGGGUUCUUUGGCUUUUAGUUUCGAAGAUAGUGAGGUCGAAGCUUUGGAUGGCAAUGCCAGUGAUAAUGGAGCUCAGGAUAGCACGAUAGGAUUUACUACGCACUUAAUUGGCCAAGAGCCAGUUGCUGAGGCUGCCUCAAGUAGUAAUACUAAUAACAACCGCUUGACUAUGCUCAGAACCAAAUUUGGAUUUCUGGUUGGUAGAAAUUUUGUGCCUUGUCCCUUCAGAAGAUGGUCAACAGGUGAUAAUAUUGCCAACGAUAGCGUCUCAUGAUCUGCGAGAAGGCCGAAAUGCUUUUUUGCCAUGUUAGGGUGCCUGUGUCCAAUUGCUAAUUCAUUGCAGUUUGAUUGCUGAAUUUCAUUUUCCCCUGGUGAAUUGCCAAUAGCAAUUCCUCUGCUUCAUUGAAUUUGUUGAUUCGCUUUAUUAUUAAGUGGUUCUUUCAAUUUGUUGUUUUUAAUGCUAAUAUCAGUUUUUGGGUUACUGGAUUCACUAUUUGAAGUGAAAGUUGAACAGUGGACUGUUCAGGAUCAAUUUGUUGUCAGCAUUAUGAGCUAAUGAAUUUUAAGUCCCUAUUAUUUCCUUUGCUUGUUGUGGUUUGUUAUGGUGUGCUCUUUCUCAAUGUAACUUGAACAUGCUUCCCCAAGGAAGCUUGUCCAUAUACAACGAGAUCAAAGUAAGCUGUACCCCCUGAAGGAACUUGGAAAUACCACGAUCAAGUAUCAGGGUUGCUUUUCCUUAAUCAUGAGGUAGGGAACAGGCUAUUGGAAGGUGGAGGUUUCUGAAUCGUUAUGUUUGAAAUUGAAGUAUGUGUUUUCUUCUCACUGCACAGAAUCUGAGUUUAAGAAAUGAGUUCUGAAUUCUGAUGUUUGUGAUUGUGUAUGGUGCAUCUUUUUAUAGAUUUUUAUUGAUAUUUGAUAUGAUCAAACUGAUUUUAGAUGCUAUCAUAUUGGUAAUUCUCCAUAGUUAUUUGA